AGUGAAAAGAAAACUUGUACAGUUUAUCAGUUUUUAGCGAUUUUAAUGUUUUGUUAUAUUUAUUCCUUGCUUUUAGUAAAUUAUAAUUCAUUAAAUUAUGCCGAAAGUUCGACGAAGCCGAAAACCUCCUCCCGAUGGAUGGGAACUCAUUGAACCCACACUUGAAGAAUUGGAACAGAAAAUGAGAGAAGGUAUUGAUUUUAUUCGUUAAUUUUUGUUGAGUUUUCAAUAUUCCUAAUGAUUAUAAUGAUAAUUGAUAACUCAUUAUAAAUCAUAGUACCUGAUCGUUUGGAAUUCAUUGUGUAUGUUUAAAUCAGUUGGAAUGUGUAUAUUACUGGCAAUGUGAAAUUCCGAGCAAUGUGUACAUUGUCCGGGUAAUUUGAAUCAUAAAUAAAAACAAGUUAAUUAAACAAUUUAAAUAAGUUAAUAAUUUUUUUUUAUGAUAUAUUUAUUAUUUAAUUUAUUUUUAUUUCUUCUCCUCUUUCACCUUCAUCUCAACUUAGGAGUCAGACACCUUUGUUAUAAUUAUCCACUUGAUCCAAUCUCCCACCUAUUUUUCAGUUUUUAAUUUAUUGUCACUAUAAUAUUUUGAAAAAAUUAAUUAUGUAUUAUUGCCUAUUUAUUUAUAAUAUUUAUAAUAUAAUAGGUAAUACUUAAAAAUAGUUAAUUAAGUAAAAUAAUUAAAAAUUAAUUUAUUAAUAUUUGCAGUUUAAAUUGUCCAUAACAUAUAUAUAUAUAUAUAUAUAUAUAUAUUUUAAAGAGUUAUAAUUAAUAUUGUUUAUGUAUAGGAUUAAAAACUGAUUUUGGUAAACAUUUUAUAAGGAAAAUGUAAUGACAAUUAAAUUCUAAAAAAAACUAAAUACAGUAAGUCUUCAUUUGACGUCGAGGUCAGGUUCCUAGAAAAUAAUGUUAACUUAGGAAAUGUUUGGUGAAAUACUUUUUACUUAUACUUUAUUAUAAUGGGUUUUUGCCAAUAAAUAACAAUGUACAUAUUAUAAUUGCACGAUUUAAUUAUUUUAUUUUUACAUUAAUUAAUUGUUUGUAUUAAAUUAUAUAGAAUUACAAACUAAAAUUAACAAAAACUUAUAAUUAGAUUUACUUACAUAUUUAGAAUUUAUUUCUUAAAAAAUGAGUCUAGUCUAAAUUUUAAGCUGUAUUAAAGGUUAAGCACAUAAAAUCGGCUUAUACAACUUAUACAAAAAUACAUAUAAAUACAUACAUAUAACAAAAAUUGUGUGAAUACAUGUAUUUCAAACGAUGUUGUACUAAAACUGUUGCAGUGUUAAACGAAACACAAGGACUUAAACUUCUGUGAGGCAAUAGCUAUACAACGUUAAAUGGGACGACGUUAAACGAGGACUUACUGUAGUUUUAACUACAGACAUUGAUAACUCGUACCAAUACAAAAUAUGAAUAAUAAAAAUCUGAAAUUUAUUAUUUUUAUUUCUAAAUAUAUUAUGUGGAUAUCAUAUUAAUUAUUAAAUAAAAGAUUUAUUUAAAUAAAAAUAUAUUUGUUAUAAGUUUUAAUAAUUGCAUAACCACAGACCUGCAUUAUUUAACACACCCUUCUAAUAUUAAAAGUUUUAAAUUAUAACCGAAAAUUAAAUCAUUAAAAUCAUUAAAAUGACCUAGGUCAUGGGUUUAUUAUACACAACGUUUUUAUAAUUUUUAAAUGUAUUAGUAUUUCCUACAUAAUGUAUAUUCAAAAUAAAUAGCAGUGUAUUAAUUAUAAUGUUUAUGUUUUUAGCUGAAACUGAAUCUCAUGAAGGCAAACGUAAAGUAGAAGCUUUAUGGCCGAUUUUCAAAAUUCACAACCAAAAAUCAAGAUACAUAUAUGAUUUGUUUCAUAGGCGCAAAGCUAUUUCUAGAGGUUAGUUUAAUAUUAAUUAAAAUUAAAAGUAUUGUUUGUAUUGUAAUUUGUUUUAGAAUUCUACUAUUUAAUACAUUGUUAAUUUUAUUACUGGUUAAAUACUUAUCUUUUAUAAAAUAUUAAAUUUCAAUAUCAAAUAUACCUUCUGGAUUAAUUCAAUAUUAAGUAUACGUAAAAUGAUUUACAAAAAAAAAAAAUUAAGUACAUAUUGUAGUACAAUAUAUUGUGAUCAUAUUUUUACAUGUACAUUACAUUUUUAUAUGGUGUUGGUAUUAUUAUUGGCAAUAUUUUAUCUAUAUUUGAUUGGUAGAAUCUCCAACUAGAAAAAUGUUGAAAUAUCAAAAUCACCUAUGUCCAAAAUAAAUGCACCACAGCUAUAUUUUCCAUUUGCCCAUUUUCCAUAUUUUUGUUCACCUGACUUUUGUAUUCAAAGAAAUUAUGUUGAAACCUUAAAAUCCAAUUUUUUAUGAAAAUAAUUUUAAAACAUACAUUCAGAAGUACAAAACUUACAAAACAUUCAGUGUUGUCUUAUUUAUUUUAGAACUGUAUGAUUUUUGCCUUCAUGAAAAAAUUGCUGAUCAAAAUUUAAUAGCAAAAUGGAAGAAACAAGGUUAUGAAAAUCUGUGUUGUCUUCGUUGUAUUCAAACCAGAGAUACAAAUUUUGGUACAAGCUGUAUCUGCAGAGUUCCAAAAUCGAAAUUAGAAGAAGUAAAUUUAAUAUAUUAUUUAAAAACAAAAGUAUUAUAAUUAAUUCCUAUUUUCUAUUUUUUUUCCAGGGUCGAAUUGUUGAAUGUGUACACUGUGGAUGUAGAGGUUGUUCUGGAUAAAUAAACACACGUUUACACUCUUAUUUUAACACAUUUUACAUUUUUUAAUAUACGUGAUGAAUUAAUUUCAAUAUUAUUAUAUGUAUGAAUAAGACUGAAAAUAAUACAGUUUGCUAUCUAACUAAAAUUUUAAUAAAGAAAUAUUUUAAUUAGACAUUUUUUAUAUUCCAAUAAGAGUUACUUGAAAAAUAAUUAUAAUAGUAAACUAAUAAUCAAAUGAAUGCACAGAAUUGAAAAUAGAAAUUAUAAUGUCUUAAUUUUAAGAUGGUUAAAAAUUAAAAUAUAAUUUUAUAAUGUAAUGCAUGUGUUUUAUUUAUCUUUUGGUAUUUAUCAUGUAUUUGAGUACAAUUUCUCUGCUCAAUUUUAAAAUGCAUAC